AUGUCUUUCCCUUUCUUCUCUUUGGGCUUUGCCCCUCGCUCUCUCACCUUUCCGAGCAGCAACGUUGUCAAGGCUAUCGCCAUUGCGUCACUUGCCGCGCUGUCGGUCAAGCUGCUGAUCAACGCAGUGGCGCCCUCGCAGGCCGACGAAGAAUAUGAGGGCCGUCCCGCUGGUGACAAGACUGCACAAGAUGCUGAGAUGCUCAAGCACAACACGUCGGCCACUUCUACAGACAACAGUACUGCCGAUAGCAUGACCGAUAACAAGGCAUCUGACUUUACCGAAGUUGUCACCGCCCCCAAGGAUAUCCAACUGAACAAGGACGUCGAAAUUUCCGACGACAACGACGUCAUUCAGGGUGUCAACGGCACUGCCACCGCCGACGACACAGAGAUCAAUAUCGACACCAAGGAGCCUUGCACUUCUCAGCACAACGAUAUCCAGGAGAUUGCUAUCCAUGCUACUCCCAUUUCCACCGAAAAGGGCAUCGCUCACAACUCAUCAAAUGGAGUACGCUCUUACCGUCAUGGCUUCCCGGUUGUCGACAUCGUCGAAGUCGUCGAGACCCCAUCCAAGCAACAUAGUGUCCGAUCUUGCCACCAUUCUAUCCCUGAUAUGGAGAUUAUUGAAGUCGUUGACGUCCCCUCCGCACAAGCGACCGUCAUCGCCUCGCCAAUCAUGAGUGACAAGACUGCUAUGCCUGUCGAUGAGGAAGAUACCAUAAUUUCGAGCGACGCUGCUCCCAACAAGAAGGCUGAAGAAGCCAUUCUUCACCAUGCUCGCGAGGAAUCAACUGCGACCAACUUUUCCUCCGAAAGCAAGCAGACUGUCAACACCGAGUCGCCCUCGACUGUCCCUGGCACUCCUGACACCGACUACUCUGUUCUUGAAAUCGACGACGCCAGCCAGGUCACCCCAAUUUGUACCAAGAAGCUCGAGGAAAACGAUGUGCUCACUCCUACUGCUGUGGUCAGGACCACUACUAUCGACCACGCCCGAUCGACUUGGUACGACUUCUCUCACUUGUCACCCGAACAGCUCGACAACCUCGAGACUAUCAUCGUUAUCGAUCGUCCCGAUAAUGGUGUCUCCUACGCUCAACUCUCAUGUGGCUGGUGGUAUCGCAUGGACAAGGAGGACAAUCCCGUCAUGAUGACCCAAGAGGAAUACGAGGACUUGCUUGCUUGGUUUGCCAGCUUCAAGAAAGACAAGGAGGACACCAAGCUUCCUCUCCCUAUCGUCCUAGUCACAGAUGAAGAGGGUAACGAGUUCCCUGCGGAGGAGAUUAUGUACUCCGUCCCCGAUGCCGUCGAGGUCAACCAACUCACCCCUUCCACCAACAAGGAGGCUGAGCAAACUCAGACUCAAGUCAAACCGAUCACUCCUACUACCGUCGAGAGAAUUCCCUCCAAGUGGUACAAUUUGACACCCAUGUCUUCCGAGGAGUCAGUCGAUCUGGAGACUGCUACCGUCAUUGACCGCCCCGACAAUGGUAUCGCAUAUGUUCAACCCCAUGGUGGCUUAUGGUACCGCCUGGACGAGGCCGACAAUGCCCUGAUGAUGACGCAAGGAGAGUAUGAGGACCUCUUGGCUUGGUUUGACAGCUACAAAGAGGUCAAGCAGGAAGAGUCGGAAGUGCUGGAUCUCCAAGAGCGCCCCGAGUGUGGAACCAAGUAUGUCCUUCUCACCAAUGGCGAGUGGCAUUACCUCAACGAGGACACCGUGACUGCCAAUUCGAUGACUGAAGACGAUUACGAGGAGUUCGUCUUCUGGCUUGACGAGAAACAGGCCGAAGAGGAUGAGAGACUGGAGCCAGAGGACGAAAUCUCCGACCAGAGCUCGAAGGGCAUCGAAUUCUUCACCUACGCCGAUGCCAUUCAGGACGCCAACGACACCAACGACGCGCAAGAGCAUUCGGACGAGCUUGAGCAGUUAGGGGAGGCCGAGUAUAUCGGCACCAACUGGAACGUUGUUGGAAUCUUCGAUCACCCUGACGGCGAUAAACAAUUCGCCAUGGGCAGCGAUAAUCAGGUCUAUUGGCUGAUCGACGGGAUGUUCUGUCUUCUUGACGAAGACGAGCUUGACCGCUUCAACAGGUGGAGAGAUGGCGACAAGUCUGCCCUUUAUGGCCCCAUCAAGCAGUUGGGAAGCCCUCAUGAAAAGAAGUCGGAGCCGAAGUGGAAGAUGCCUGACCUGGAUGCUAUCUUUGAGGAGGAUGAGGGAGAGGCCGAGCAGGCGGCGGAGGAGUACGUCCCGAAGAAGUGGAACAACUGGGGUUUGUACACGAUCGAGGAGGAGGAGGAACAGGACGAGGAAGAAUACUCAGUAUGGUAA